UUUAUCCUUAAAAAAAAAAAGGGAAAAAAAAUCCCUCCCUCCCCCUCUAUAUAAAUCCAACCUUCUUUACAACUUUUCUUUCGGACCAAAACAAACUUGAUCAAAGAAUUCCUCCCUUUUCUCUUCUUUGCUAAUCUUGGGGUUUUUAUAAUUUACAUGGAGGGGAUGAAGAAAAAGUGGAGUAAGUAUAUGGGUUUGAAGGGAUUGGGGCGGAGCCGAUCGGUGACCGGAGGAACAGCGGUCGGACCGGAAGGUAUGUCGAAAAAGAGCAAAUCUUUGAACAGUGGUCCGAAAUAUAAAACACCGGUGGCUCCGGACGGUUGUUUUGCUGUGUAUGUGGGAGCGGAACGGCAACGGUUUGUUGUGAGAACGGAAUUUGCGAAUCAUCCUUUAUUUCAGAUGCUGCUAGAAGAUGCGGAGGUGGAAUAUGGGUAUAACAGUCAAGGCCCUAUUUUGCUUCCUUGUGAAGUUGGGAUGUUUUAUAAUGUGUUGGCGGAGAUGGACGACGGCGGCGAUGGGAUUAGCAACCGUUGGACAGGUGGAGAAAGCGGUGGUUUAAUUGCUUGUAGCCCACUUCGGCUGACUAGUUGUGGUAGUAGAAAUGGCGGUGGGUAUAGGGUGUUGAGUCCGUCAUCGAUGCUUAAAUUAAAUGGACUUUGACUUGGCACAUAAUUUCACAAAUAUAUAUUAUUUAUUUAUUUUUCUUAUAUAUACGGUAAGAUUUCUUCUUUGUUCGAGUGUAUUGAAAUUAGGAAGAAAUUUCUUGUCAAAAAAGAAAAAUUAGAAAGGAACUAGAUGAUUUGAGGUUGUAAAUUGAUGGAGGUUUUCUUUUUUCUUUCUUUCUUUCAAUUGAAAAACUCAAUGUGUGUGUUGGUGGAAUUAACGACAAAACUACAAGAACAAUUACAAAACUUUAAA